GCAACGCAAACAGCCGAAAAAUGUCGCGACAAGCCGCCAGAUUGGACGCCAAAAAAGUGAACUCGGAGUUCCUGACACUCACCUACGGGGCACUGGUCACCCAGAUGCUGCGCGACUUCGAGAACGUCGAGGAUGUGAACAAGCAGCUGGAGAGGAUCGGCUACAACAUGGGCAUGCGUCUGAUCGAGGACUUUCUCGCCCGCACCUCGGCGCCCCGAUGCCUUGAGAUGCGCGAGACGGCCGAUCGAGUCCAGCAGGCCUUCCGCAUCUACCUGAACAUCCAGCCAACCAUCUCGAACUGGUCGGCGGCCUCCGAUGAGUUCUCGCUGUUGUUUGACAGCAAUCCGUUGACGGAGUUCGUCGAGCUGCCGCCGGACCUGACAAAUCUGCGCUACAGCGCCAUACUCAGCGGAUGCAUACGGGGAGCCCUGGAGAUGGUACAGCUGGAGGUGCAGUGCUGGUUCGUGCAGGAUCAACUGAAGGGCGACAAUGUGACGGAGCUGCGCGUUAAGUUCGUGCGGCGUCUAGAGGAGGUCAUACCAGCUGGCGAGGAUUAAAAAACAAGUGUGGAUCAGUGGAUCGGAGCGCAUACUAUGGCUUUAAUUUCUUUGGGGGUGUCAAUAAAAGCACAUUCUGUAGAAUUUAGAAUUUAAGAGUCUAGUAUUCGGGUUCAAAUAAACUGCAGCAGUCCCAGACACAUUCCGGAGCAAAAGCGGCGGCAAAAGGAAGCAGCAGCAAGAGCAGGAUCUACAGCAAACAAGUAGUAGCAGGAGCAAGAGCAGCAGCAAUAAGAAUCGUAUCCAACACAUUUUAGUUUUACGUUUUAUUCGACCUUUAUACAAAUGAUUUCGUUUCUUUCGAUAUUAUAUAAGAAAAAAUAUAUAGAAAAUAUGUACAUCUGUUCAUAUUUGGCAUGAUUAUUAUAAAGCGUCA